CCGAAAUGUAAUUAGGAUAGAGAGAGAGGGAGACGGACGCUGUUCCCAACGAUUCCGAUCUCCCCCUCCCCCCUCCGCAGAGCUCUCUGCCCGUCGCGGUCGACCAAUUCUUCCACAAGGUAGUGAAAGAGCUCCCUCUUCUUUCCUCCUCCAUCCCUCCCGCGAGCGACUGAGGCACCGGGAAGCCCCCCUUCCCCUCCGUCUUGGCCUUGGGUGUCGGUGAGAAGCUCCGAGCCCUUGGCCGCUCCUCCUCUUUUCUCCACCACGCCGCCUUGAUUGAUGGAUUCCAGCGGCUUCGGUCACAGGGUGGACAAGGAUUCUGUUGCUGCACGAAAGGUUCAGAAAGCAGAUCGUGAAAAACUAAGGAGAGAUAGACUAAAUGAGCAGUUCUUGGAGUUGGGAAAUGCAUUAGAUCCAGAUCGACCCAAGAAUGACAAAGCAACUAUUCUAGGUGAUACAGUACAGAUGCUAAAGGACUUGACUGCUCAAGUCAAUCGAUUGAAAUCGGAAUAUAAUUCACUUUCAGAAGAAUCUCGUGAGUUGACGCAAGAGAAGAAUGAGCUUAGAGAUGAGAAAGCAAAGUUGAAGUCUGAAAUUGAUGAUCUGAAUGUCCAAUAUCAGCAAAGGCUUAGAGUUUUUUAUCCUUGGGCCACAAUGGACCCUUCACUUGUUAUAGGUCGUCCUCCAUAUCCAUUCCCAAUGCCUGUUCCAAUUCCCUCAGCUGCAAUACCUAUCCACCCAGUACACUCUUAUCCCUUCUUUCAUGGCCCGAUUCCUGGGACCAUUUCAAAUCCAUGUUCUACCUAUAUGCCAAAUUCCCCCAGCAAUCCUCAAGUUGAACAAUCAUCAAACCAGCAUAUUAAUCAAAAUAUGCAUAUAAAAGAUAGCAGAUCACAAACCUCAAGCCAUCAAGAUUCUAAAAGCAAGCCAUCUGAUCAGCAUCAGCGGAACUCUGGACAAAGAAGUGAUGAUUUUAGUGAUGUUGCAACAGAGUUGGAACUCAAGACUCCUGGAUCUGCAGUUCAUUCUCAGUCAACAUCGGCACAUGACGAGGACCUGUCCUCUGAAAUGAGAAAAGGGAAACAGCUGCCGCAACACAAGGGAAGUGGUGCUUCUACCUGUAGCAGUUCAAGCAGAUGUUCUUCAUCUUGCAGCGUGCCAGAUGACAAUUCCAAUGAUGUUAGAGAUGGCUCAGGCCCCGAGAAGCAGUGAUGUCCAAGUCCAAAAGGUGCUUCUUAUCUUUUUCAAAAUUAAACAAUAGGAGACUUGCAUGUUUAAUCCUGUCACUGCAGUCAGGAUCCCUCAAACUAGUUCUUUGAGAUAAGCAUAUGACUUCUAGCAAUGUCAAUCAGGAAAUCACCGAAGAAACUGCAAGUUAUUUACAGAGCUAUUUGCAGUUUCACCUUCUGAGAAGGCUUCUAAUCAUGGCGCACAUGCAUGACUUGCUUAGUUGCGUGUGUGGUUCAGACUGAAACUACAAAUAACUUGUAAAAUCACUUGAAGUUAUCUGACGAUUUCCUGAUUGAGUCGCUUGCAGUCAUAUGCUCACACAUCAAAGAAUUAGUUUGUUGGAGACUGGUGCACGGGAGGAGGCCCGAGCUGAUAUCUAUAUACACACAGUGUUUCAAGUAGCUAACUUAAUGAGCAACAAUGGUUUUAAACUACAUGGAUGUCCCAAAGUUUCGUGAAAGAACUGGAAGAACACGACAGGAUGGUUCAAGGUUCGUGAAGAGAGAGAAAAAUCUAUAUAACAAGCAUAGUAACUUUUUCUAGCCACACAUCUAUGAAGCCAGGAGAUUCCUGUGUCAUAAACUUUCUGGGAGUCACUUGGGUGCGCAAUCCUUGAUUGAAUGAUUCCCGGAAAUAUGGAAAUGUGGACGGCACAGGAAGAACUCAUGGGCUCGGGGAAGCUGCAAGUUCUGCAGCCCUAAUACGUUGCCCAAGAUCAGUGUAAGGGUUUUGUUGGGGAUUCCAACCCAUUCCAUCUCUUGUUAGCAUGGUUCUCCCUUGUGUCUCAUUGCUUGCAGAUGGAGGGGAAAGCUGCCGAACACAGGCCCGAAGAAACCCUAAGAUAGUUUGUAAAUAUUGGAGCUUAUCUGAGUUGCUGUGAAAGAUGUAUCAUUAUUUAGUCAAUGACAAGCAGUAAAGAUGGGUUUUUUUA